AUGGCUGAAAAUCAUAGUGAAGAGGAUGAGCACAAUAGACAGAAUGAAGAAGAAGAGCCCGUAUUUGAUGAGAAUAGCAUGGAUAUCUCGGAUCAAAUAGGGAGAGCACUAGAAAAGUAUACUCCUAUCUUGCUUGAGAGGUUGAAUCAAACAUUGGAAGGAGAAUUGAAUGAUCACAUUGCUCAAAUGAUCAAAGAAGAAGUUGCGGUUAAUGUGCAACGAGAGUUUGAAAAGCGGGAUGCCAAGGAUAAAGGCAAAAAGACUGGGGAGGAGAAAGAUGUGGAAGUAACGGGGGUAAGAAUGUACAAGAAAAAGUUUACUUUUCGACAUUUUGAAGUGUGCCACCCACCUGAGUAUCACGGUGAUCGUAAUCCCAUCGUUUGUACUCGGUGGAUAUCGGAAAUAGAAGGGGCAUUUUGCACUAGUCAAUGCCCCACACAUUUGAAAGUUAUAUUUGUGGUCGGUAUGCUAAGGAGUGGUGGAAAGAGAUGGUGGGAUGGUUUGUUGGCUAUCAAGAAAGGGGUGUUAGAUAAUGUGGAGUGGCCCGACUUCAAAGAGAUGUUUUUCAAGGAGUUCCGGUCGGAGGCCGAGAUAACUAAGUUGAGGAGCGAAUUCCUAAAUGAUUGUCAAGGCAACAUGAGCUUAAAUGAAUUCCGAAAUCAAUUCUUGGACAAAGCACAAUUUUGUCUGGAAAUUCUUGAGAAUGAUCAAUUGCUCAAAAAGCAAUUUUAUUUGAAGUUGAGGAAGAAUCUCCGGGAGAAGAUUAGCUUACGUCAAAUAGAGUCUUUCUCCAUGUUGGCGAAUGUGGCUCGGGAUCAUGAAAUUGAGAUGUCAAGAGUGGAUGAUAGUGAUUUGAAAAGGAAACAUGAAGACACGAACUCUCCCAACAAACGGUCUAGACAAGAAGGUAGUUCCGGUAACCAUUCUAAUAGAAGAAAUAUUACUUUUUGCCAUCAAUACAAGAAGAAUCAUUCAGGAGUAUGUAGGGGGGCGGAGAAGGGUUGUUAUACUUGUGGGAAAUCGGGGCACACUAGUCGGGAUUGUUGGUCUAAACCUCAAAAACCCAUUAUAUGUUUCAAAUACUUUGAGGAGGGUCAUAUAAGAAGCUCGUGUCCUAAGUUGACCUAG